ACCGGACGUCAUCAUCGCUGAAAGUGUUUUAAACUUUGUGAUGUUUCUCUGCGCGCUAACGUAAAGAUCGGUCUCGGCAGCAAGUUUAAUAAUGGCUUCGUUUGUUGCUGAGGUGCUGUCUUCUGCAGGUGUUGUGAUGAACUUCAUGAAGGACGGGAUAUUCAUCCAAUAAAUUAUUUAUGCCAAAUGGAGCGGGAAGAAAUCAAUGAACGGUUAAGUCUUCUUGCUCGUCGUAUGGAGGAGCUAAAGGCAGAUAUCCAUACUGCCAUCACAACCUCUUUCACCCACUUUGAUUCUAGUUUUGACACAACAACAACACUUUCUGAAAAAGUCAAGGCUUUGUCAGAAGAAAUGGAGUCACUGUCACUGAAAAUCAAUAGUGAGGUCAAGGGUCAGCUGAGCAUCUCCACUGGAGACUUUCAGGGUCUGUCACGACAGCUGGGACAGGUGACUGCUGUGAUGGGACUACUGGAAAAAUUAUCCCAAGCCCAGCAGCUGCUUGAAAACAUUGCCCAGGCUACAGCCAGUGGAAAGUUCUUAAGUGCUGCUUCCUCUCUUCAGGUUUUAGAGGAAGCCUUGUCCAACCCACUGUGUGAACGGGAAGAAGAGAUUAAAAUUUUGGUAUCACUUCGCACAGAACAAAAAGUGCUGAAGCAAAAGCUUAUCCAACAACUUAAUGAUACCUGGAAAGGAAUGGUUGGAUGGUCGCAAGUUGAAAACAUGCAAAAGACCAACACAGCUGAUCAGUUAGUUGACACAGUCAACAAAAGAGAUACUGAUUUAGAGUUAAGACAGUGUGAACUGCGGCUGCCCAAAAGUUCUGAAGUUGAGCAACAAAUUAUACAGGAGGUAGUCCUAGCAUUAGAGUCUCUGGGUCAGCUGGACAGAAAGAUCCAGACCUUUGGUCGCCAAUUCUUGGAGUAUGUCAUCUUUGCCCUUGUAUUGCGGUGGCAAAAGGUUGAGGUUACAGAGGCCAUUGUUGGACAGGUAAAACAAGUUACCUUUAAGGCAGCUAGCUUGCAGAAGCAGCCAGUCCACGUGAAUGUCUUUUCAUUGAUGGAGUCAGUUUUGGAUAUGCUGAAUGAGAACCUGUUACAUAUCAAGGUAGUAAGACAUAGCUCGACAGAUUCUGCGAAAGUGGAAGUGACACUGAUGAAUCUUCUUGGUGAAGAGAUUGGAGAAAGGGUACUACAAGGCAUUGUUAAGGAAUGUCUGUCCAGUGCCAUACCUAGUACCAGUAAAGAGCUCGAAGGGUUUCAUGAGGUGGUAGCCAUUACAAAGAAGUUCCAGGAACGGCUUGUGGCUCUGGGUUUUAUUGAUGCAUCCAGUCAGACUCUGCUGGACUAUGUGCAAAAUGUCAACGUGCUCUUCGCCAACAAGAAGUGUCAAGGCAUUCUGGAGCAGGCUCGAAGCCUCAUGACAUCAGACUUGCACGACACUGUGCAGGUACACGCUGGUGCCUCUGGAGGGGAACUGCCUCCCCUGGAUAAAUCAGGUGGCCCCAGCCGUGAAAAAUUGCGAAAAAUGGCAGCUGGUAUCGACCCACUCUUGAGUAGUUCCUGUUUCCGAAUGCCCUCCUGCAGAAUUAGUGCUCGUGUCAAAGAGCUGAUGGACCUUGCAUAUAGUACAUUGAGUGAGGCCUGUACAAGUUCCCCACAGUGUGCUGCACAGAUGUUCUAUGCAGUCCGUGGCAUAUUUGAACUUUACUGCAGUGUUGUCCCCACUUAUCAUGCCCACAGUAUUGCCAACUUCCCACAACUGGCAGCACUUCAUCACAAUAACUGCAUGUAUCUGGCUCACCACUUGCUAACUCUUGGACACCAGUUCCAGAGCAGCCUACCUGAAGGAGUUAAUUCCACCUUUGUCGACAUUAUACCUGAAGUUCGCGCCUUGGGUGCCACCAGUUUCCUAGAGCAGAUGAACACACAGAAGACCAUCAUUGAACAGUACUUACAGGGUGCAGCAGGUUUUGUGGGCCUGGAAGAAGAGAAGAAUCACUCGUGUGCAGCAAAAGCAGUAAAACAGGCUCUGCAUCAGCUGACUCACCUUCAGAAAAUAUGGCUGGACAUACUGCCGACCUCUGUCUACUGCAAGGCAAUAGGCAUCCUGUUCAAUUCGUUCAUCUCAGAUGUGAUAAAUCACAUCACCGUGCUGGAGGACAUUUCAACAGAUGCUGCCCGCAGACUGGUUUUACUGACCAAACAGAUUGAUGACAGAGGCACAACACUUUUCUCCACUAGUUCACAGGAGACAGAGGAUGAUAUCAAAAGAAGCGCUAUUGCAAAAGCAGAACUUCACAGACACGUGUCACUGUGGUCCAAAUUCAUGGAGCUGCAGCUUGUACUCAGCAGCAGUCUGCAAGAGAUUAGUGACCGCUGGUCAGAUGGCAAAGGGCCGUUGGCUUCAGAAUUUUCGCCCAGCGAAAUCAAACAGCUCAUAAGAGCCUUGUUUCAAAACACUGACAGGCGAGCUGCAGUGCUGGCCAAAAUAAAAUAAUUAUUUACAAAUUGUCUAUACAUUGACAUUGGUCGUCUGUCAGCAUGAUUCAUUUUCUGAUCAGUUAAAAUGCAGUGACUGCACAGUGAUUUAGAGAAUUAUGUUGCAAUAAAGGAUAAAUUGUUGUGGGAAGUUA